GAUUAUUCAUAAUUGCUGAGCCACAGAAAACGUGUGCUGAACUAAUAAUGUUACGGUUUUUAUUUUGAAGGCAAGCACCGGAAGUUGUUUUUGUGCAUCACAAGCGGCAUAACCAUACUUUCUCUCAUACUUCGGUUCUAGAGGUUGUGAUCCUCGCCAGUCUUGAGGCUCCCCGCGGCCACACUGGCGUCCAGGACCCCCCUUUUCCAGACCACCAGAGACCUUGAAAGCGUGCAGGAGGCUGAACGUGAAGCAUGCUAUGUGGCUUUAGUUUAGAGGUUAAAGAGGGUGCAUCUUUGCUGGGCGCCCUCCCUCCCUCUGUCUAACCCGGGGUGUGAGCUGAGUUUUAUUUGUAUUUCUACCCCUAAAAUCCUCCCUGGACAAUGGACCCUUUACAAAAUGGGGCAACUAAUGAAGAAGACCCUGUGGGUGCUGAGGAAGAAGAAGAGGUGGAUCCAAGAAUCCAGGGAGAACUGGAGAAGUUAAACCAGUCCACAGAUGACAUCAAUCGCUGGGAGACUGAACUGGAGGAAUUUCGUCAGCGGUUCCGUGCGGUGCUCGUGGAAGCGACAGUCAAGCUGGACGAGCAGGUGACGAAAAUCGGUCGUGCUGUGGAUGACUCCAAACCGUACUGGGAAGCUCGCAAAGUAGCCAGACAGGCCCAGGUUGAAGCCCAGCGAGCCACGCAGGAGUUCCAGCGUGCGGUGGAGAUCCUGCGGGCUGCCAAGGAGACCAUCGCCCUGGCAGAGGAGAGGCUGCUGGAGGAGGACAGCCGGCAGUUUGACUCGGCUUGGCAAGAAAUGCUCAACCACGCCACACAGAGGGUCAUGGAGGCCGAGCAGACCAGAAUGCACAGCGAGGCCGAACACAAGAAGACGGCGGCGAAUUAUAACUCCUGCAUGAGCCACAUGAAGCAACUAGAGAAGAAACUCAAACGCUCCAUCAGCAAAUCAAAGCCAUAUUUUGAACUGAAAGCAAAGUAUUAUCUCCAGCUUGAGCAACUGAAGCGGCACGUGGACGAGCGUCAGGCCAAGCUGGUGGUGGCUAAGGCGGAGUACCGUGCGGCCCUACGCAACCUGGAGAGCAUCUCCGAGGAGAUCCACGCCCAGCGUCGCUCCAUCACCAUGGGCACCCGAGAGCGAGGCGUCGGCUCCGAGGGUGACGGCGAGGACAUUGACAGCUUUAAGAUGGAUUCGGACGGCCUGUCAAUGGUGUCAGUGUCUAUGGACGACGAGGCCGCUCAUAGUAGCGGCUCAGAGGAAGACGCCGCCUCCACGCCCCUCAACAUGCCCUCCCCGUCGUACACCUCCUCCUUGCUCCACACCCCACCCUCCCUCUCGUCUUCCUCCUCUUCUUCAUGCACCGGCGGCCUGGAGGAGUUAGCCAGCCCGUGCAGCUCUCAUGGCCCAGACUCGGUGUGUGGUAGUGGGCAUGGCUCGCCUCUUCUGGGCCCUCGGAGCCAGUGCAGUGGAGCAUCCUCUCCAGACUGUGACCAGGAGAGAGGCGACAGAGCAGAAGGAGCAGAGACGACGUUAGAAGACGGUCUGAGCAAGCUUAACUUGACUGUUGCACAAACCCAAGAAGAUGCUGCGGAUGAAACCAGCAAUGAACUGUCCUCAGCCUGCUCCGCCCCCACCAUUCUGCUGCUAAACGGUGUCUAGCCGGACAGAAAUAAACCUUCAGGAAAGGUGCCAUAAACUAAAUCAGUGUUGCAUUGUCAAAGAGCUUGUCAAUCCAUGUCGAUGCAUCGCGAAGACGUCAGUGUUAAUAUGCCAGGGUGGGUGCCCUUUAAAGAACUUCAUCUACUCUGCUUGUUUUUGUUUUGUACAGCAGUUAACAGUCUCCAAAGUGUCUCCAAGAUACUCUCAUAGUACUAAAAUAUUACAGUAACCAAAAAAUCCAUUGGGAUUACAUAACAAAUGUUUGUAAUGACAGUGAAGUGAGAGAGUGAAUGUUUUUUUUAAAUUGUGUGUCUUGGAUGUUUGUUUUUUAAUGCUAAAAUAUCAUUAUGCUAUGUUUAUGUACCUAUUCUUACGUAUGCACAUUAUUUUGUGUUCUUUAAUGCAGAAUAAUCAAUAAAAAUAUGCUUUAUGUAAUAUUUUCACUCCACAGGUGUAAAUAAUUGCAAUGAUAAUAAUUCCAUUCAAAAACUUUUCUCUGCAGUAGCACUUCAUGCCGUAGCUAUUGUUGUUGUGCACUUUCUCAAACUGACUAUUAUAUUUAUACUGUAUACAUAUUUUUACAAAUUCUAUAGUGUCUCAAUAAAAUGUCAUGACUCCAUGGUCCACAACAGGAAC